CUCUCUACCUGAAGACGGCAAAGCUGCAGUUCCUCAGUCGCGCCGACGGGGGGCGCGCGCGUCCUCCGGGAUCCCCUCACAGCGCGUUGACAUCAGAGGGAAGGAGAGCGUGCGGCGUUGAACUUGUGUGCGUGGCGCUCUCCGUGCACACGACUCCCUCACCGGCACCGUGUCCCAUCGUCGGUGCAGCAGGUUCCACCGCGGUGUCACGAAGAGCCUCCGAGCGCGUUCACGUGGAGCCCUUCGCGUCUCCUCGUCUUGUCCUCUGCGGCUCGCCGUCGCUGCAGACUGCGCGCUGUAAGAUCUCGCGAGAGUUCCGACGUGCGCGGUAGUUGGCCGCGGCUUUGCAGCAGACAGAGGGAGAAGGCAGGCAGGCAGCAUCAUGGCGGACAGAGACAGCGGCAGCGAGCAGGGAGGAGCAGCGACGGGCCCAGGCUUCGGUUCCAUGCAGCCCGCGACCAGCGGGGCGAGCUCGGCCACCGGGCUCCAGCACGAGACCCAGGAGCUGGCGUCGAAGCGGGUUGACAUCCAGAACAAACGGUUCUACCUGGACGUGAAGCAGAACGCGAAGGGCCGCUUCUUGAAGAUAGCCGAAGUCGGGGCCGGCGGAAACAAGAGCCGCCUCACGCUCUCCAUGUCCGUGGCGGUCGAGUUCCGCGACUACCUGGGGGACUUCAUCGAACACUACGCCCAGCUGGGGCCCAGCAACCCGGCGCUCUUGCAGGACGAGCCCCGGCGCGCGCUCAAGAGCGAGUUCUUGGUGCGCGAGAAUCGGAAAUACUACAUGGAUCUGAAGGAGAACCAGCGGGGACGGUUCCUGAGGAUUCGACAGACCGUUAACCGGGGGCCCGGUUUGGGAUCCACGCAAGGCCAGACGAUCGCGUUGCCGGCGCAGGGACUUAUUGAGUUUCGUGACGCUUUGGCGAAACUUAUUGACGAUUACGGCGUGGAGGACGAGCCCGCGGAGCUGCCCGAGGGGUCGUCGUUGACUGUGGACAACAAGCGGUUUUUCUUCGACGUCGGAUCCAAUAAGUACGGCGUGUUCAUGCGCGUGAGCGAGGUGAAGCCGACCUACCGCAACUCGAUCACGGUGCCCUACAAAGUGUGGUCCAAGUUCGGCAGCACGUUCUCCAAGUACGCCGAGGAGAUGAAGAAGAUCCAGGAGCAGCAGCGGGAGAAGCGGGCAUGCGAGCAGCAGCAGCAACAGGAGGAGAUGCAGGCGGACGAUGGAGAGGAGGAUUGAUCCGGAGAGAGAGAGAGAGGGCAAAUAUGAACGAGAGAGAAAAAACAUGCAAGAGUAAAUAAAAUAACAGAAAUAUAAUUAAAAAAAACUCUACUGUACAGAGAAAGAAAUCUAAAGAUUUAACUGUAAUGGUUUAACUCCAAGGGAGCAUCACCCACAAUAUAAGAAACCUCCACAACUUGACAGUUAUGACAUGUUGUCACCCAUCGCUGGAUGUUUACCCCCCCCCCCUCCACUUAUCCACCAUUAAUACAGUAACAGGCUGCUAAACAAAGUAAUAACAUUAUAUUUGAACUUUUUGUUUUGUUUGUUGUUUCCUACUUGACAAAACAAUAUUGAACUUUAAAAAAGUGUUUUAUUUCCCUUAUUAACCGGAAGAAAACAUCUUUUUGUACCAGUUAAUGCUAUUGUAAAGAAAGAAAACUACAAAAAAAAGAAGAUAAAAAAAAAAAAAAGCGUCUGCGAUGGAUUUAUUGCAGUGCCGAGGACACGUGAGCGUAUGACGUCACUUCAGCACAAAUCGGAUGUUUUGAUUCUCAAAAACCAAAAUUCAAAAAAAACUCGGUAGUCACCUGUUCUCUCCAUCCUAUUGUAGAGAUGUGGUUACACAUGCAUCAUACUAGGGGGGCUAUAGGCCCGCUUUAAAAUAAACUGGUUACACGUCGUCAUGCAGUAUAAACGGACAUAAAGGCAUCUUCAUUAACUGAAACACGUGCUAUAAUUGUGCAAUAUAUGCAUUGCAUAAAAAAAAUCAAAUAUAUUGAAACUGGUCUCUUCGAUGACGUUUUUUUUUGUUUGCCAGAGGCAUUCAAAGAAAUAUUAAUAUUGUAAUUUUUCUGUUUCAGUUUCAAAUUGUUGCCACGCGGAUGGAUUAUAUAAUAGACUACCUUUUUUGUUUGUGUCUCGUGUUAAUGCAAUGUUCAUUUAUACAAAAAAACAAAAAAAAGGUAAUUAAUGUGUAAUCGAUGAAGAGGAAACGCAGUGACGAAGAGUAGCAACAGUGUCCUGAACUAGCAGAUUACUUAAACCAGAUGACGCGCCGCGUGCUGAUUGGCUUAGAGGUCUCGUUCAGGCGUAAACGUCUAAAUGGUGCCAAGGAGUGCUGCUGCAUGUUAAUCUGCACUUAAAAAAUAGAUUUCGUUAGUCCCCCCCCCCCCAAUAUUUUGCUCAAAGGACUCUUCCAUAUGUAAUCUUUAGCGUAGGAAUCUCACGUUUUGAGUAAUCUGAUCCAUCCAAAAGGCUUUUGGCGUAUCGUCGUGAUUGGAAGAUCAAAAAGCGCGAUUGUUUAAAAAAAAAAAAAUGACUUUUGCAAAAUAUGACCAUCCCGUUACGAGUCGGGGGUCCACUGAGGCGUAAAGACCCCCUAAAGUUCUGUCCCUCCAUGUGUGAGACCUGAGGGGUGCUCGGUGGGGGCUGCUCUGCAGUCACAGUUCCACGUUACACCUGUAAACCCGUAGAAUAACCCGGUUGGAUUCUGUUUUUGGUUUUAUUGUAAAUAUUUGGGCUGGGGAAAAAAAAAACCCAACUGGUUCCAAACCAGUUCAGUCGCAUCUCAUAGAUGCGUGUUGAUGGCAGUUUUAUAAACUCUGUCGGUAAACUCCCAGAGAAACUGGCAACAAUCAGAGAAUGUCAGAUUAUUUUGUCGUUUUUACCUCCUGCAUCUAAUUGAAAGCUGAGGCUGCUCCUCGUGUUUUUAGAUUGAACGACUGGAAAAAAUGAACCCAGCAGCCGGUCCUGGAACCGCCGAAUUCACGGAGCAGCGUCUGGCGUGGACCCGAGACCCGUCCUCUCCGGCGUACGCCCGCUUUACACCUGGCCGCCGCUCUGGAUCGCAGUUUGACUUCUUCGUUUCUCUCUUAUUCUUUCUCAUCUCUCUUUCUUCUCCAUUUUGUGUGUGUGUGUGUGUGUGCUAAAGAGGGGUUUUGUCACGAACCGUAACUUUCUUUUCUUCUUUCCUUUUCCUUUCCUAACCUCCUUAGCCGUCCCCAUCCUCCAGCUGUCGGCCGACAUGUGAACGUGGAAGGGGGGGGGGGGAUGCAGAGGACUCUCCUCUAGCUCGUGGGAGCAGGAGGCCUCAUUGGGAACAUCAAAUAAUAUCAAUUAUUGUUGACAAGCCACCUUUUUGAAAUGCUCGUUGAGGCUUGGGGUGGGGGGGGGGGGGUUAUGGCAUGUCGCUCAAUUAAUGGGGAGCAGCAAGCAUGUCUUGCGUUCUUAUUUUUUUUGCGUAGUUUUACCUUUUCAGCGUUAUUUGUGUAUAAUUAUAAUUUUUUUGCGCUCGCAAAAAAAACAAAUCUUUAUUUUAAUUUUCUUUUUCUUCCUCCGCGCGAACAUUUCAUCACCCGUGUGCAAUAUCGUACGUGCCAACGGCGGCAAUAUAUGUAUAUCAAUUAAAAUAUAUGAUUACUAUUUGACAAGCACGUGGCUUGAACUCCGUGUUUUAUUUCUCGUUUUGAAGGAGCUCGAAUGCCUUUUUUAUUUUAAUUUUUUAAUUUGCACUCGAACGCUCGUCCACGCCGGAGGAAUCCACGGUGUGGGCCGCCGGUCGGGUGAAGAAGUUCACUUAAUUAACUUGAAAUAGAACAAUGUCACUUGCGAGGAUGCCUCUCUUUUCGGAACACGCUAAACUUGAGCUCCAUGGGCUGUUGAAGGUGGACGAUAGUAAACCCACGGCGGAGUUUCUGUGAGAAGGAAAAACUUUCAAAUUCAAACGACAAACGGUGAAAUCUCCAUUUUUAGCUUCAAGCUAAGAAAAGGUGGUUCAGUCCAAUUCUCAUCGAGGUGUGUGGUGACCUGUCUUCAGUGGUUGUUGUGUGUAGCACUUUGCUUUCCCAGGUUUAAUGACAUGCCUGACCAAGACUUGUUUAAAAUGAUCUCAACAAAGAAUGUCUCUUAUUUUAAUCUUUUCUUUCUUUCUUUUUUUAGACAAGUGUUUCUUAUUUUUUUUCCCUCUUAUUUUUAAUGCAUUAAAUGAUCAUUUAUGUACAUUUGACAAAUUUAUAAAACAAAUAUUUAAUUUACCCCAAUGAUGGGGGGGAAAUACAUUUAAAAUGUAUGUUUUAUUUUUAAAUUUUAUUUUUUGUUUCUUGUUGGAGAGAAAAAAAAGAAAGAAAAUCCUUCUCAAUAAUGUCCUCAAUUCACUGAUGAAAAUAUGUUUAAUUUUGAUGUAGUGUUGUCCACAAUGUCUGACUCUACAGUUACAAUGCUACUAAUUAUGAACGCUUAAUUUUACAGCCUUUAAAAUGCAAACGUUGCGAUGACAAGUUACCGAUGACUCGUGUCUCCAUUAGUAUGUAUGUAUAAUACUGGGCUGUAAAAUAAAGCAUUACUUUGUUCUCUAA